CUCUCUCUCUCUCUCUCUCUCUCUCUCUCUCUCUCUCUCAAACCAGUAGUUCUCAGCCACUGGACAUGGCGCUCGAAGCCCUCAACUCGCCCACCGCCGCCGCCUCCUUUGGCCACGACGACGUGGAUGGCCACCCGUGGGCCAAGCGGAAGCGCUCGAAGCGGCCCCGCGUGGAUCCCCAGGACCCGCCCUCCGAGGAGGAGUACCUCGCCCUCUGCCUCAUCAUGCUCGCCCGCGGCGGCGGCGGCGAGAGCCGUCACCCACCGGAGGCCCCGACCGUGAAGCUCUCCUACAAGUGCUCCGUCUGCGACAAGGCCUUCCCUUCCUACCAGGCCCUCGGUGGCCACAAGGCCAGCCACCGGAAAUCCUCCUCCGAGGCCACCUCCGCCGCCCCCGCCGCCACCGAUAACCCUACCUCGUCCUCCUCCGCCCCGGUCGGCGUCGGCAGCGGUAAGCUCCACGAGUGCUCCAUCUGCCACAAGACCUUUCCCACCGGCCAGGCCUUGGGUGGCCACAAGCGGUGUCACUACGACGCCGGCAGCAGUAGCGGCGGCGCCGCCGGCGGUGCCACCGGCGUCUCUUCCUCAGAAGCCGGCGGCUCGAGCCACGUAACCGUCAGCCACCGGGAACCGAUCGACUUGAACUUGCCGGCCUUGCCGGAAUUCUGGGUCGGCAUCGACGAAAGCAGCAACCAGGACUCUAAAAGUCAACUCUCCGGCGAGCAAGAGGUGGAGAGCCCUCUUCCGGCGAAAAGGCCGAGGUUCUUCUUGGACCAAGAGGACGUGGGGUCGUCCCAAAGAUGAUUUCAGACACUUACGUGAAUUACAAAGAUUACCCUUUACUUUACUUUUCGUUUUUUUUUUCUUGGAAGGAUCAAUUGUUGUAGGCUUUGUUGUAGCUAGGGUUGAUCUGAUGUUCUGUACAGCAAAAGAAACUGAUGAUGAUUGUCAUUUGUGAAAUUCUUGCAGCCUCCCUUGGCUGAUUACUAUCAAUUAGUUGUCACUGAACAUUCUUUCAUUCUUUGAAUAAAUAAAAUUACAGAAAUAUGACUUCAUAAA